AUGUUCACUGCUGUCCUCUGUUUCUUACUGUUAAGCUCGUCAUGGGCUCAGCAGCUUAACGGCACUUACAUGAACAUCGACUAUCCCGGUCUCAGCGAUGCAUGCAAAGAAGCCUUAAACACGAGCGUUUCGUGCCCGUUGUUUCUAAGCCAGAGAUCGUCCAACGGCGGCAUUCUAGACGCGGAUAGUGUCAAUGCUCUCUGCACGGACAGCUGCUCUACCUCGCUGAAGAAUGCUAGGGAUGUCAUCUCGGCGGCCUGCAAUUCUGAUACGGACACGAUUGCUUUCAGUACAGGCAGACAGCCAGGUUGGCAGUCGGAUUACGACUGCAACGCCGUUGCUAGAAGUCUGAGCGUGUCAACGUACAACCUGCUUGUAGCGAGCAACAUAGACUUAUAUUGCCAGAACUUCCCUGCAGCGGCGGAGGCGGGGAAGACGUUAUGUGUACCCGAGAAGUGCACGACGUAUACGUGGCAACCUGAAGACUCGUGUGCGAGUGUGCUUCUGAGCCAUCCCGACGUCAACAUGGCUCAAUUUCUCGGCUGGAACCCGAAUUUCAACGCCCUCUGCGGAAACGCGUUGAAGUUCGUCGGGUAUGAAGUGUGUGUUACCCCUCCGGGUGGUUACUUGGACUCCAACAACACCGGGGACCCGCUUCCGGGCACAUCCAUCACGUCGCCAGUUCCGGCGCCGACCAACGCCGACCCGGGGACGAACCGGCCGUGCGGCAGAUGGUACACCGUCGUGUCCGGCGACGAGUGCGGGGUGAUAUCGGUCGCGAACGGCCUGGCCCUCGCCGACUUCUACUUCCUCAACCCGUCGGUCGACGCGAACUGCACGAACCUGCUCCUGGGCGUGGCCUACUGCGUCGCGCCCGUCGGAGACAUCACCACCUACCCGGGCUACCCCACGACGACGCGCACCGGGCCCUGGGCGACCAUCACCGUGCCGCCCGUCACGUUCGACCCCGUGAACACGGCCAUCACGACGCCGACGGGAGACCCCGGCUACCAGGCGACGCGGUCGUUGCUGCCCACCGCCUCGGGGACCGUGCCGGACUGCGCCGAGUACAGGAACUUCGACGCCGAGAACCCGGAACUCAACACGUGCGGGUACGUGGCGUACGCGUCCGACGCAACCGUCGAGCAGCUGCGCGAAUGGAACCCGAGCCUGGCGGGCGGCGCGGGCGAGUGCGCCUUGCAGGCCGGCUUUAGUUACUGCGUCGAGCCUCCCGACUCCGGCUCCCCUAGCCCGCCGGUGCCCGACCAUUGCCUCGAUAUCAACGCUACCGAGACGGGGACGACGGAGAGCUGCACCUGCUUCACCCAAGUCCGAGGCUAUCAGAGUCGGAGCGGCUACUCGUGCAGCUCCAUCAUCGCCUCCCUCGACGUCACGCUGUCGCAGCUUCUCGAGUGGAACAGCUGGCUCGGCGCGCCGGCGACGGCGGAGGACUGCCGACAGGCGCUGUUCGCCGACCUGGGGUACUACGACACGCGCGCCGUGUGCAUCGGCGUGGACGGGGCGGCGCCCCCGCCCCCUUCGUCGACGAGCAGCGCCGGGACGUCCACGUCGUCAUCCCCGACGAGCUCGGCGCCCCCGGCGCCGACGCAGACCGGCGUUAUCCCCGGGUGCCGGGAGUUCUACGUGGUGCAGGAGGGCGACUACUGCUAUCUCGUCACGGAGAAGUUUGGCAUCAGCCUGGACGACUUCGUGAGCUGGAAUCCGUCAGUGGGGGAGAACUGCGAGAACUUGUGGUUGGGCUACGCGUACUGCGUGAAGGGACCCGAAUGAGACGUAGAUGUAGGUACCUUGAUGCUGCGGUUCAACUACCUACCUUAAGUAUGCAGAUAUCAGAAACGGG